AUGACUGCUGUUCAUCGCUUGGUCAUCGUUCGUCACGGUGAGAGCCAGUGGAACCAGGAGAACCGUUUCUGCGGCUGGUUCGAUGCCGACCUCAGUGAGAAAGGCGUGGAGGAGGCCAAGCGUGGUGCCCAGGCCAUCAAGGACGCUGGCAUGAAGUUCGACGUUUGCUAUACGUCCGUGCUUAAGCGUGCCAUCAAGACGCUGUGGACCAUCAUGGAGGGAACGGACCAGAUGUGGCUGCCUGUGAUUCGUACCUGGCGUUUGAACGAGCGUCACUACGGUGGCCUCACGGGUCUGAAUAAGGCAGAGACAGCGGCGAAGCACGGAGAGGAGCAGGUGAAGUUAUGGAGACGUUCCUUUGAUAUCCCUCCUCCUCCCAUGGACAAGGACCAUCCGUACAACCAGAUCAUCAGCGAGUCUCGUCGCUACAAGGGUCUGAAGGCGGGUGAACUUCCCACUUGUGAAUCCCUCAAGGACACCAUUGCCCGUGCUCUGCCAUUCUGGAAUGAAGUCAUUGUUCCCGAAAUCAAAGCUGGAAAGAAUGUAAUCAUUGCAGCCCAUGGCAACAGUCUGCGUGGCAUCGUGAAGCACUUGGAAGGCAUGUCCGACGCAGCCAUCAUGGAGCUCAACCUUCCCACUGGAAUCCCUAUUGUGUACGAACUGGAUGCCGACCUGAAGCCCGUCAAACCCAUGUCUUUCCUGGGAGACGAGGAGACCGUGAAGAAGGCCAUGGAGGCUGUGGCUGCUCAGGGCAAAGUCAAGAAGUAA